UUUGACUGUAUUGAUUAUAAGCGCAAGGCGCUCAAAUUGCGCAAAGUUUGAUUUGAGAUUACUCUUCUUUGUUGUUUUCUAAUUAAAAUAAUGUCACAACAAAUUAUUAGUGGCAUUCCGGUGUUAUUUCCAUAUUUGCCAUAUAAAGUUCAAGAAGAUUACAUGAAAAAAGUAAUUGAAUGCCUUCAAAAGGGUGUUAAUGGUAUUCUUGAAAGUCCCACUGGUACUGGCAAAACACUUAGUCUUCUGUGUUCCUCUCUUGCAUGGUUAGAAACUCGGAAAGCUCAGCAGCAACUUUCUGUAAUACAGAACUCUCUUACUGGUGUUUCUGGAAUUUUGAGUGAUUUAAAAUCUGCAAUAGAUGGAGUAACAGGAAGUUGGGAUUCUGGAACAAACUUCAUGCUUCCUAAAAUCAUAUACAGUUCCAGGACACACUCUCAAUUAUCUCAGGCUAUUCAAGAGUUAAAAAGGAGCAGCUAUAAACAUGUGAAGUCAGUUGCUCUUGGUUCACGAGAUCAGCUCUGUAUACAUCCAGAAGUAAGCAAAGCGGAAACACAUGCAACCAAACUGUAUAUGUGUCGAUCCAAAAUCAAGAGCAAAACUUGUCCAUUUCAUUUGAAUUAUGAAGAAAAGAUAAUUUCACAGACUGAUUAUCAGGAAACAUCAAUAGCAGAUAUAGAGGAUUUAAUUACUUUAGGAAAGAAGCACACUGUAUGUCCUUAUUAUGCUGCUCGAAAUCUGAAAUCUAAAGCUGAUAUCAUAUUCACACCUUACAACUAUAUAAUAGACCCGAAAAGCAGACGAUCCCAUGGGAUAGAACUACAAGGAAAUGUUGUGAUAUUUGAUGAAGCUCACAAUAUAGAAGGUGCCUGUGAAGAAAGCAUGUCAUUCCAGUUACGCUCAAGUGAUCUUGCACUCUGCAUCAAUGAGGUGACACAAACGAUGCAGUUGGUGAAAGAUUAUGAUAAUAAAGAUUUCUCUAGCUUGGAUAAUGGAGCUCCAGAUUUUACUUUGACUGAUCUUUCCAUUUUGAAAGUUAUGUUUUGUGAAUUAGAAGAACUGCUUGAUAAAGCAGUUUCUGAAUGUUCUUCAAAAGAUGGAUCAAAACCUGGUGAUUAUGUUAUUGAGAUUCUUUCUAAAGUUGAAAUAACUCCACAAAGAAAAGAUGUAGUUUUGGAAUUACUGGAUAAGAUAAUUCUUUAUCAUUCAUCAAAUAUUGUAAAUAUCUGGAGUUCAAAAGGUGCAGGCUUACAACGAUUUUCUGAUCUUCUAAAUAUUUUAUUUUCAAGGGUGUCUUCAGAUGCUUAUCGUGAACUUAAUUUUAAAAAAGAAUUUACUGCAAAAUACAGGGUUUUUCUUCAAUAUGAAACACCAAAUAAAUUUCAAAGUUCUGCUGAUCCUUGGGCUGUGGCUCCUGCAGGAACAAAAAAGAGGCAAGGCUGGAAGUUAGACUGUUGGUGUUUCUCACCUGGACUUGGAAUGCAGGAUAUAGUAGAUCAUGGAGUUCACAGUAUUAUAUUAACAAGUGGUACCUUAUCUCCUCUUGGACCUAUGAUUAGUGAAUUGGGUGUGAACUUCCCAGUGCAGCUUGAAAAUCCACAUAUUAUAGAAGAUAAUCAAGUUUUUGUUGCCGUUGUAGCUAACGGUCCCGAUGGAACACCUCUCAAUUCGUCUUAUCAAAACAGGUCUAAUGAAAGAUAUAUUAGUUCUUUAGGUCGUACUCUCACAAAUUUUUCUAGAUUGGUUCCAGAUGGUCUUUUAGUAUUUUUUCCUUCAUAUUCUGUCAUGAAAACAAAUAUAGGUAAAUGGGAAGAAAAUGGGAUUUGGCAAAAUUUAUCAGGCAUGAAACCAGUUUUCAUUGAACCACAAGGCAAAGAUGCAUUUCAAGAGAGUAUAGAAGCAUAUUAUAGUGCUAUCAAAGAGCCUAAUUCAAAAGGAGCUACUCUAUUAGCUGUGUGUAGAGGAAAAGUAAGUGAAGGUUUGGAUUUUGCUGACAGAAAUGCUCGUGCUGUAGUUAUAACCGGCUUACCUUUUGCACCUUCAAUGGACCCUCGAGUUAAAAUGAAGAUGCAAUAUUUGGAUUCUCUAGCUAAAGAAAAUAAGGGAUUACAUGGCAAUGACUGGUAUGUACUACAAGCAUCUAGAGCUGUCAAUCAAGCUAUUGGAAGAGUAAUUAGGCAUAAAGAUGAUUUUGGAGCCAUACUUUUGUGUGAUGAUAGAUUUAAGCAAGUACGCAUACAGAAUCAGCUGUCAAAAUGGAUCCAUGGGCAUGUACAUGUUUUUGAUUCAUUUGGACCUCUCCUUAAGCAGUUGUCAAGCUUUUUCAAAACUUUAGACAAGGAGCCUUUAAAGUCAAAAUUUGAUACAAAGAUGGGAGGAUUUCAAUUAGGCUCAACAAUAGUUAACACAGGACAUUUAAAUAUGAAGGAUGCAAGUCAACAGAAUCAAAAGACUGAAAACUGUGAAAGAGUCUUUGCAGAAAAUAUCUUUGAGAGUUAUAAGAUUAAUGAUAGAGGACUUUCCGUAAAAGCAGAAAAUAAUUCUAGCAGCAUAUUUGAUAUGAUGGAAAAUAACAGUCAAGUAACAUCAUGUGCUCAGAUGAGUAAAUCUGUUGUGAAAUGUGGUUCCUCUGUAACAUCUAUUGAUGCCUCUCAAACAUCUAUUGAUCCUGUUGCAUCAACUAGUAGAGCAAAAUCUAAAGAUGCAAAAAGAAGAAAAAUUUCAAUUUCAUUUCGUCAAGCACAUCAGCCUGAUAGUGAAAAAUCUACUACUGAAAUGUGGAAAACAUUUCUUAUUGAGAGCUGGAAUCAUGUGGUUGCGCAAAAGAGACGCAUACAUCUCACCAGUGGAAGAUGCGUUUUAUUUUAUUUAGAUUUACAACCUUUAGGUGCAACAGAAAAUUAUGGAAAGUUUUGUUCUGCUAUAAAAGAAUUUAAAGCCAAUAAAAAUGUUGAAAAUUUUGCAACUAAUAUGAAGAUGAUAUUUUCUGGAAUUCCUGAUAAAAACAAGUAUUUACAAACUGCAUCAUUGUUAGUUGGAAGUCAAAACAGAGAAUUAUUUUUAGCUGUAUGUUCCUAAAAAUAGGUGUAACUAAUUAUUCAUAUUAAUGGAACAAAAUAGUUGAAAUCAUCUAUUCAAUUUUGAUGAAGUUAUUCCAAUACCAAGUCAUUAUUUUUAAGUGAAUAUCUCUGUAAAAGGGCUUCCAAAAACUAUAAUCUGUCUCAUUUGUGAUACAUUGUACAUAUUUUAUUUUUCAUGAAAUAUGGCUGGUCCAUGUUUAAAUAUAUGUAUAUACCCAAUAAAUAUGCUUUUUAUAA